AGCCUCUUUUUGUCAUAUGGUAAAAGCAAAACUGUCUAGUCAGCCGCCCGGUUCGUCAUCAGCGACUUGAUUCCUCGUGUGUUUUUCCCUUGAAAAUUAAAAACAAAAUAGAAAAGUGCUGAAGCACCACCAUCAUCGCAUCAGUGCGCACCGGACAAGUUGUCGGACAAAUACGUUGCGGCAGAUAACGUGAGAAAUUGGGGGACUUCCAGUGACGGAUAUACAGACACGAAAGGUCGGCUACAAAAAUGGCUGAAAGAUUUCUGCCGUGUAGGAUCUUACAGCCGGUGACGUCAUUAGAACGUGGCUAUCUCAAGGACAACCACUUUGACACAGUUUGCGUAAUCGAUGGGACGCAGGUUCCGGUUGAGUUGGAAGCUUGUUUCAGCACACAUAGAGCUGUCGACGAUGCCUUCGAUAGCGAGAUAUGCUGCUUCAAAUCGGACGUCAUCGAUUGCCGGGUGGUUUAUGCUCCUGUCGGGAAGCUAACGGAUUUUGACGACGUUCGUCGUUACGCUGAGGUCGCUGGAAAUGCUUUGAAUCGCGCGAUCAAGGCAGGUGCGAAACAACCAUUGCUGAUUCUUCCAUCUAGCAAGGACUUUUUGGAAGCGGAUUUGGUUGCGGUACUGGGUGCAUUGGCAAAAUUGUACGUCCCAUUGCAACUUCGUGAGGAUGUUCCGGCGAAAAAGCAACGUUUUGCGCAGAUCGGCUUCUUUCACACCGAUGCCAGCAAGUUGGCGAAGAUCAUCAAGGAAGCUAAGGCAUUCGAAAGUGGUAGACACGUUGCGCGAGACAUUGGAGGUGGAGAUCCCGAACGUAUGGCUCCUCCAAGAGUUGACAGCUAUCUGGAUGAGAGUGUUUUAGAUCGAAAUCUGAUCACCAAAACUGUGAUUUCGGAUGAAGCUAUUUUGUUGAAGAACUAUCCAUUGUUCGCCGCUGUUAAUCGCGCUGCUGCGGUUGUUCCUCGGCACCAAGGUCGUUUGAUUUUCUUGGAGUACACAUCCAACAGUCCCCCGAAGAAGACACUGAUUCUGGUGGGGAAGGGCGUUACCUAUGACACAGGUGGCGCUGACAUCAAGGCGGGAGGUGUUAUGGCUGGAAUGAGCCGUGACAAGUGUGGAGCAGCCGCUGUCGCCGGAUUCAUGAAGGUUGUAGAACAAAUGCAACCCCAGGGAGUGCAUGUGAUCGGUGUUUUGUGCAUGGUCCGUAACUCGGUAGGCGAGGAAUGUUACGUGUCCGACGAGAUGAUUACAUCGAGAGCCGGUGUACGGGUACGUGUUGGCAAUACUGAUGCCGAAGGCCGCAUGGCUAUGGCGGACGCGUUGUGUCAUAUGAAGGAACGCAUCAUCGCCGAGAAUAUGCCAGAUGCACAUCUUUUCACGAUCGCCACGCUCACCGGACAUGCCGUCCUGGCGGUUGGCAAUAGUUCAAUUGUUAUGGAUAAUGGCCCGGCCAGGGCUGCCGGACAUGGACUACGGUUGCAGGAACAGGGCGAGAAGAUUGGCGAUCCAUUCGAGAUUUCUAUCCUGCGAAAGGAAGACUUUGAUUUCCAUUGUGGCAAAUGCUACGGAGAAGAUGUUCUCCAAGCCAAUAACCUGCCGUCCAGCCGAACCGUUAGGGGACAUCAGAGUCCCGCUGCGUUCAUGAUACUAUCCACAGGCUUGGAUAAACAUGGGCUCAAGUCAGACCGUCCAAUUAAGUAUUCCCAUCUCGACAUCGCUGGCAGUGCUGGUGAUAUUCCGGACCCACCAACUGGUGCUCCCAUUCUGGCUCUGGCCAGAACUCAUUUGCAUUGAUAACUCUAUACAUCACCAUGUACACAGCGAAAACAGUAGAAAAAUGUGCUUCGCUGUUUUUAUCCGUUUUACAUUGUAAUCAAUGUACUUAUGUAUAACACAAGACAAAGAGGGUUUCACAAUAAAAAAACAUUUUUCAA